GCUCUUGUUGGGAGAUAGGGAAUGCCCGUUAGUUGCGUCUGCCGAUAAUAGCACAUCAGCCAGAGCACUGCUAUUGGGAGAGCAGAGCACAGGCAGUGCGGAGGACUGAGCCGCUGAGCACAGAAUGGUACACUAGAGAAGACAGGCACCCUCAGAAAGAGACAGAGAGAGAGAGAGCAAGGGGAGGCAGAGCGCAUCAGAACACAUUGAGAAGAGGAGGACAGAGCAGGAGGAGAAGAGAGUGAGGAGGGGAGAAAAGUUACCAGGUCAGCAUUAGAACGUGGAAGUGGAGCAGCUGAGACUCACUGGGGUCUCUCUCCCACCGGAGCAGCCCGGCACAGCAAUAAGCAGCAGAGGAGGAGAGUGAUAUUACAUGAGGGGAUAGAGGGAGUGCUGUAACUUCUCCCCGGAAAGACACUUCUGUCAUAAGGCGAGGCUAAUGCCCCUCACAGGACCCUCCUGCACAGCCACUUCAGGACUAUCACAGCAAGACAGCAGCAGCACGCAGAAGACACUUAAACCUGGCAGAGGUGCCUGAGCAGUGCAGUUCUACUCACUUCUACACUGGAGACUUUCUGAUCCAAUUGUGCACUUUGAAGUGGAUGUAGUUGUGUUUCUGUUUUAUCUUUAUUUGCUUCAGAGUGUGAAGCGGUGGAGAUUUGGAGGGCGAGUUGUUCUGUCCGCUCAUCUCUGAGACUAUGGUAGACUGUGCGUCAGGGAGCCCUUCAUCAGCAGCUGCAGCCCUAGAGCAUGGAGAAGUCCAGCAGUGAGGAGUCAGCCAUUCACCGUAGCCCUUCCGUAGAUAGCCGUGACUCUGACUUUGCCCAAGCCUCCACGUCUGGCCGCCCGUUUGGCGGCCGCGGGUUCACUGCCGGUGCUUUCUACGGCUCCACGGGGCCGCGCAAAAACGCACAGCAGGGGCAGGCUGGAGCAGCUGGAGCUGACGCCAGCACAGGAGACAAGUCCAACAGCAAGCACAGCUCACCUAAAGGCAGCAAAUACGUUGUCUUUUACCUGGAUCUAUCCUUUGUGUUCCUUUUAGAAUUCAAGAAGUGCAACAUGGCAAGAGGCUGCCUGUGCUGCUUGAAGUACAUGAUGUUCAUCUUCAAUCUCAUCUUUUGGUUAUGUGGCUGUGGGCUGCUCGGCGUGGGCAUCUGGCUCUCCGUGUCGCAGGGCAGCUUCGCCACCUUCUCGCCCUCAUUCCCCUCACUGUCGGCUGCCAACAUGGUCAUUGCCAUCGGUGCCAUCGUCAUGGUAACGGGCUUCCUUGGUUGCCUGGGUGCCAUCAAGGAGAACAAGUGCCUGCUUCUGAGCUUCUUCAUCGUCCUGCUGAUAAUACUCCUGGCAGAGCUGAUACUGCUCACCCUUUUCUUUGUGUACUCAGAUAAGGUGAGUGAGAAUGCUAAGCAGGACCUGAAGGAUGGGCUGGCUCUCUACAACUCAGAAAACAACAUAGGAUUGCGAAAUGCCUGGAACAUCAUCCAAGCAGAGUGGAAAUGCUGCGGUGUGAUAUCAUACACAGACUGGCAUGAGGCCCUGAAGGAGAAAGUAGUUCCUGACCGCUGCUGCCAGGAGCAUUAUCAGAACUGUGGACGUAACUCCACCAACAUGUUCUGGAACAGGGGCUGCUUUGAGAAAGUGGAGGAAUGGCUGGAUGAAAACAAGCACCUGCUGGGAACCAUAGGCAUGGUCAUCUUGGUAGUGCAGCUCAUGGGCAUGGCGUUCUCCAUGACUCUGUUCCACCACAUCCACAGAACGGGGAAGAAAUACGACGCUUAGCCUUGCGGGGAGGCACCCGAUUGAGAGGAGCCCCACUGCCUGAUGGGAUAAGACUCUUGAUUUUAACACCCCAACCCCCACCCACCCCACUUGAUAACCUCUUUAGAGCAUCCUUUGCCCCCGCGCCACUUCCCCAGACCCUCUGUACAGAUUCCAGCUGUGUCCCCGCUCUGAUCUGCUCUUUCCACUCACCAUUCAUUUUGCCAAAGAGUAACACAACUGAAAGAGAAGGGACACCUACUUUUGGCAAGGAAGAGAAUCCCAUUGGUUGUCACUCCUCUUGAGUGUUUUUUUCUUUUCUUUUUUUUUGCUUGGUCUAACAGUUUGCUGGAAGAAAAGAAAGACAUUGAGACAAUGAAGACUUUACUAAUGCCCCCCCCCUCCCACCACCCCCCCCACCCCUGCCCCCCACUGAGGCAGCAAACAUAUGAACUGAUAAUACCCUCCACCUCUUGUGGAGUUGUUUUUUUUUUUUCCUCAUGUUGAAUAAAGUCAAGCCCCAAUUUUCAUUUAUUUUCCUUUGUAAAUGAAAAAUGUUCCAACAUGGCAUGCUAGUUUUCUACUUCACUGACUUACCUCUGUUGUCGAAAUGUCAAACAAUUUCUUUUUUUUUUAAGUGUGUCAUCAACGCUCCUGUGGAAUGUAAGUGUUGAACAGAUCAGUGCAAUGAGCUCUUAGACAUGCAGUGUGGUUGGAUUUGAAGUGACGUUGCCGCGGAGGGGCACAGAUAUGGCGGGAUGGUGUCUAAUGUAAUCCAUGAUUUAUGUUUUUUUUUUUUUCAUUUGGCUGUAGAGAUUUGGGUAAAGUGAGCGUGAUGGAGGAUCGUCGUGUUAGCGUGAGGAAUCAUCAGUGGAUUUAUUUUAGAGCAAGUUCUGCAAUAUCCUCGGAAUAAUAAAUUGUAAUACACAAAUCUGCCUGUGAACACACACGCACACACACACACACACACACACACACACACACAAUUUGUGCUGCCACACAGCAGCAGUAUUUCCAUUCCCUAUGAGACAAUACAAAUGGUGUAAAAUGGCUGUUUAUUAGUGCUUCACCAGGACUGUCAAGUGAAGAGAUCUGUGUGAUGAAGUUCCCCCUUUGAGAAUACAGAACAAACUAUCUGUAUGUCUCUAUGUGUGUGUGUGUGUGUGUGUGUGUGUGUGUGUGAGAGUGUGUGUGUGUGUGUGUGCGUGUAGCUUUAUGGGUGUGUUUUAUCACAUUGUCCAAGCUGCAAAGCAAAAAAAAAGAAAACAGAACAUAGAAAUCCAAAGAAGCAGAGGCACAAGGGGCAAAAACAGAGCAGACAUGCUGUCUCGCUGCUGCCAUCAAUUGAGUUAGCGGAGGCGGCUAGAGCCUUUCUCUUCUUUCUAGAGCCUCUUCUUUCUCUCUCUGGCUGUCAACUCCCCCCUGUCUCCAUCUUUCUUUUUUCACCCCAAUUUUCUUCCCACGUGGCGGAAUGCGAUGAGCUUUUUGCUCCAAACGUACACACACAGUAUCUCUGCUGACAUUCCCGCUCACCACGCAGACCCAUCCCUGGUUUACAACUUCCCUGAUUAUUCUCAAGCUUCCUUUUCUCACCGCCGACAGAGGAGGGGGUGGUGGGAGUGUAGGCAGAUCAAAGCUGAGACAGAUAGGUAUGGCAACAGCUCUGUAGGACAUGUCUGUUUAUGUGUGUUUACCGCUGAUUCGCUGCAGGAGGCCUAUGCAUCAGCCUGCCUCCUUAAGACUGAGAAUACACUUCACCCGCUGGGGCGACUUCAAGAAAAUGCCUUCCAGUGUGUCUGCUCUAGGUUUCUCAGCUUCUGUGUGUAUGUCAGUGGUGGUGUAGAGGACUGGCUCAUUGUUAAAGGAUCAUUUUAGCUUUGAUUUUAUCAUUGGUUAUGAUUACAUUAUACAGGAUACAGUCAGAUGACAGGUUGUAAACAACACUUGAAAAGUCCGUAAUAAUCCGUCAGUCCACAGGAAAACUGCUUCUGCACGGCUACAGCAUGUACAACAGGUCAAAGUUGAACCAGAAAGUCGAGUCUGUUUUCUAUAUCAGAGGGUUAUUGUUUUUGUUUUGUUUAGUUUUUUUUUGCCUUCAAUCAGCAGUGACUUAUCUAGCUGAACACAUUUUCAGUCCGCACAGGUGCAGUAGCAGGUGCGUGGAGCAGUUAACAUUUUUCAGUCAAAGACAUAUGCUGAUUUCAAGUCCAUUUACACCUGGAACCAACACAAGUGAAAACAUAACAUGGUAAAGGUGUAAAUUGUCUGAAGCACAGUCUGUAGUGCACACACCAAAAACAGUUUUGUAAGUGGUGUAAUGGAUGUGUGAAAGUUGUUAUUUCUGUUACAACAACCCAUACGAUUGCAUCGAUCUCUUCCAAACCUGGUGCUUUUUUUUUUUUGUGGCCAUUUUUCUGUUGAUAUUGCUGCGUCCAAAAUCACUCCCUCGUUCGCUCAUUCACUGUCCUCUAUAUAGUAGAUAAUAGUUUAAUCUAUAGUGAGCAGUAAACUGAGCUUUUGGACACCUAUGCAUCAUCAUUAUCACUAAGAGGUGAAGCAUCUCAUGACUAGUUUUUGCAUCUAUAAACUGACUGUAAACAUAGCAUACUAUAUACAAAAAAGGGUGUGAUUUUGGACACAGAUAGAGGACGUUCCUUUUCUUAAUCCAGCCUUCAAAGCUCCAAUUGAUUCUUUUGUUUCUCUAGCCCUUUCAAUUAGUGGAAAAGUCUGGGAUGUAGGCGGCAAUUUAAGAUGUCUAGAAUCUGCUUGUUUAUUUUCUUGUCUUUUUGCCCCAUCACACUUCUUUGUAGAGAUGUUGCCACAUUCCCAGGUCUCAGAAUGAUGGCCAAAAGUACAAAAGUAAGGCCAUGUUGUAAUAAUCUGAAAUCGUCCUUUAACAGAAGAGGACAGGUGAUUGUUUGUCUGCUGCUAUUGAAAGCUGAGUAGAGAAAUCAUUGGGACCAGAAGUGGCUGUCGCUCUAAAUUUUAUCCAAGGUUGAAAGGGGAGUUGUUGUGUUCCUUUGGAUGAAACCUUGAAAUUCAGACACUGUGCAAUGCUGCUACAGAUACUAACAAAUGACUUGGCAAAGAAAAGAAAACCCACCCUGCUUCACUCAGGCUGUGGGCCUCAGACUAUUACCUGAGGUGAGGCAUUUAUUUAUUGGUUUUAAAAUGACUUAAUAUGAGAGACACAUAUUAAGGACAAGUAGGAGGGGCUUCGUGCAUCAUCAGGAAACAACAGAUUUGGGCUGUGAUGUGCAGCGACCCUGCUGGCUGUGUUUCACUGCCUGCCCCCAUAUGCUUCGACUCCUCGUGUCCACGGGGGAAACAUGACAGCUGCUGAUGUACAGCCCAGGCACGAGUGGUCACGUCUCCUCUGCUUGGCUGCCUCCACAAACUCUCUACACAUCCCUUAUUUACUGCCUCGCUCUGCCCUACACACGGUGCUACAUAUACAGUAACUGGCAGCACCGACAUUGUAGAAAUACAGCUGUGCUCUUUGAACGCCUCGAAGCGGCUGUGAGGUAAAUUCUCUACCCGGGAGAGGUUAUUGCAGGAAUCGCUGUUACAGUUCUGUAAGUCAGACUGCAAUGUAUCCUCACUGCAGGCAAGAAGUUCUGAAGAAACACAAGAUAAAUAUUUUUGUUGCGCUGCUUUGUCUUGCAUUGGGUGGAAAAGCGUUUAAGAAUGUCAGAGAUGUCACAGAAAACGACUUAAAGCAAAUCCGGUGUCUGUCUCCGAACCUGACGUCAUACUUCAGAGACGCAGCCUGCAAACUCUGUAACUCCUUGCCUCCGAAUGAUCUGACUGAGCUGACAUUCUGACAUUUUCUCCUCCGUGUGAACUCCCUAUCUCAGCUCUGUUACCGUCACCCAGUUUUCAUGUCAGAGAAAAUGUUCCCCCAUGUUUUUUAGAAAACAGGGAUGAAUGCUAUUUUAACAAAAGCUGUUUCAUGAUGUUAUUUUUGUACAUUGGUUGUCGCUGUUUUCAUGUUUGUUUUUAUACGAUAUACUGUUGUUUUUCUUGUUGUAGGCUGUUUUACUGUCUUUUUUUCUUUUGUAUUAAUUAAUGACAGAGGCUCAUUGUCGCACAUUAUGAGAACAUAAUACUAUUAAGCAUUUGUUUCGAAGAGGAUUAGUCUUUGCGAUGUUCCUCUACAAGGUGCAAAUAUGCCUUUCUGUCUUAACAUUGCUACAGGCAGUGAAAGAAAUUAAGUCAGAAUUGAUAGAGAGGGAAACAUUUGGCAUAUAGCAUCGGGUGAAGCCCACAAAAGACAUACUGCACGCUUGUCGACGUGCUUCUUCGUGUUAAGAUCUAGUUUAAUUAAAUUAGGACGUGCUGCUAUAAUUUGCGGUAUGUCUUUUAAAACUGCCAGUGUAAGGCCCAUUAUGUAUUUCUAGAGCAUGUACUAUUAGAUGACACUGCAGCACAGAGCUAAUGUUACUACAGUAUCAGUAUCAGCGCUGUACGUUAGCUCAGGAUGUAAAUAUGCUCAUUUUACAACUGAUGUAACUUGCUUUACCUCUGCCACUUGUACUCACAUUUACAAACAGUUUAUUGGCCCUUUUCUAAUUUUAACAUGCCUAACAACCCACGCUCUUCAGUGUUCAUUUACAGACAUAUCUUCCAUCUUUAUGUUGUUCAUCUUCUCAUGUUUGAUAGUUUUUCUGCCUCUGUUUUCCUUCAAAGUACAGGAGCAGUGUAAAUUUGAUGUAAAUUUGUGUUUUUGUCAGUAUGGUUUUCAUAUUUUAUUUGACUACAUUUGCAUCUUGUAGUAAGACACAUUUUUCCUUAUGUUUUUUUCUUCUUUUUUUUUUGGAAGGAAUAUUAAGUUUUCCCACUUAUCCAUGGAAGCACUCCCAAUAAGCCACAGAGAUGGUAAAGGAAGAAUGCACAUGCAGUAAUUGGGUUUUGUCUGCUGUGAAGAAUUUUGAGACAUAGAGACUGUUUUUUAUUUUAUUUUAUUUUAUUUGCCACCCUCAACAUAUUAUUUCUAUAAUCUCCUCCUAAUCCUUCCCCCGUGCUAAUGCUGAAUAUCUGAGCAGUGGAAAUGUAUGCUCUAGAAAUGGUGUGUUUGAUGUUGUGUUCUGCUGGGUGGCACUAUCUGAUACCUGCCAGCCUUGUCCUGUGGAGUUUUCUGCUACAUGUGAAAGCACUCUGAAUAUCUAUACAAGGUGGUGCACUACCUUCUCUUUAUUCUCUAAAUCAAAUAUUUUUUAAAUAAAGGAAAGAGUGUCACAAAAAUUCCACGACACCGUACGCUCAUUGCCUUUCAUGUUUAAUGACUCGACGCUCCUGAUGUGUUCCUUUUAUAUGUCACUGUCAAUUAUAUAGGCAGCAUUUAAGCAGUGUUUGAUGCUGGAUUUUUGGGGGGUUGAGAGACAGGACUUGGCAUGAACAGCAAACUGAAGCUGUGUCACAGCAGAGCCCAUGUUGUAUUUAGUAAAAAAGAGUGGCAUCGCUGCCUUAAAUAGCCUCUUUUUAAAAAAAUAACAAAACCUGAGGGACUGUUGUCCUAAAGACGCUGAGAUGAGCUAAUGGUAGUCAGCCAGUUGCGCAAAGGGGUUUUUUUUUUUUUUUUGCAAGAGAACAAAAGGAAGAUGAUGAAAGUGGGAACCGUUGCCAAUUUGUCUCAUGUUUCUCCAGCAUGGGAUGAGCAGCAGAGUAUUUUUGUGUGGAGCUUUAUCCCCAUUUUUAACCUAAUUGAUAUCAGGCCCAUGUGUGACAGUGAGUGGAGUUUACUGUGCCAUUCCAUCCUGGCUUUUUGUUUUACAUCACUGUUCCUUCUAUGCAAAAAUAUGACCUAUUUUAGCCUUUGUACAGAUUAUUUUGUAUGAGUAACAUGUAUUGAAAUAAAGUGAACGGAAUCAACCGUG